GAAUGUUCAGCCGCUACAGAAGCUCUUUCAACCCGUACCUGUUCAGCUAUCCCAACUACUCAUACAACUACGAUAGGAGAAACAAUCGGGGUAACAACGAAGUCCAUCGGAGCCCGUCGACGGAGGAGUACCAUUAUGGACGGGCCCGGGACACGCCGCGAUACUGGGAGCGGGAUCGGGCGAUAAACAACUAUAGGCACAGGUCUAGAGGCGGGCGUUCUACUGGCGAGGAGACGGUGACUAAUGAACGGGAGAACGAAAGACCAGCCACGCCCCCAGCGCCCCGCCCCAAGCCCGAGCCCGAUGAUCUCAUGAAGGUCCUCAAUGUCAAGGCCGUUGAUCUCCACAUCUCCGAGAACACGGUGAAACACAAAACGGAUGAGUACGUGUGCACUAAAGAACGCAGCGUUGACGGAAAAACGUUACCGGCGGAUCUCGUCGUCCGACGAGGGGACACCUUCAAGAUCACCCUGACAUUCGACCGUCCCUAUAGCAACGAGAAAAAUGACGUCACAAUAAAGCUUACCAUAGGAAAACACCAUGCGGCGAAUCGAGGCACUGAGGUAGAAUUUCUGGUAGAUGAAACAGGAAACAAGUCCUUCAAACCGGAUGAGUGGGGCGCCCUAAAACUCGAGUCAAGCGGAAAUGACGUAACGAUUGCUAUCCACGUUCCCGUGAAUUGUAUUGUGGGUGAAUGGAAUCUGCACGUGCGCAGUCACGCACUGGGCAAGACGGAAACAGGCGAGGCGAAGACGCUAGUGUUUAACUUCGAGCACGAGCGAGACAUUAUAGUGUUGUUUAACCCAUGGAAGAAAGGUGACGGCGCUCACAUGGAGGAGAGAGUCUUACUGGACGAGUACGUGCUCAACCCCUCGGGCUGUGUGUACCGGGGUAACGCAUGGACCCGCGGGGCCAAGGAGUGGAACUUCGGACAGUUUGAGGAAGACAUUCUGCAAGCCGCUCUGUUUCUGAUGAGGAAGGGAUUCAAGGAGGAUAACUCUCGAGCCAUGGCCGACCCGGUGAAAGUGUCGCGAGUUCUUGUAAAAAUGGUCAACUCUCAAGACGACAAUGGUGUGCUGGUUGGAAACUGGAGUGGUAACUACGCGGACGGCACCGCCCCGACGGCCUGGGCUGGGAGCGUCAAGAUCCUCCGGCAGUACAUGAGCACGGGCAAACCCGUGCAGUAUGGGCAGUGCUGGGUUUUCUCGUGCGUUACCACCACAUUGUGCCGAGCACUCGGCAUCCCCUGCCGCACAGUGACCAACUUCGCCUCGGCGCAUGAUACUGACGGAAGUAACUGCAUCGAGAAGUACUUCCGGCUCAACGGUAACGCUUUGGAGAAAGCUGACGUCAGCUGGUCUGGUGAUUCCGUUUGGAAUUUCCACGUGUGGAAUGAAGUGUGGCUGUCUCGACCUGACCUUGAACCUCGGGGUCAUUACGACGGCUGGCAGGUGAUAGACGCCACUCCUCAGGAAACCAGCGAGGGAGUUUACACAUGCGGCCCGUGCCCCCUAGUGGCUCUGAAGGCUGGCGAGUGCGGAGUGAAGUUUGACACUGGCUUCGUGUUCGCCGAGGUGAACGCUGACGAGGUUCACUGGGAGCUGCUCCCGGGCGGCGGCACUAGGCGCCUAAAGGUGGACAAGAAAAGCAUUGGCAAGUUUAUCAGCACUAAGAUUCCCGACGGGAAGCCGUAUAAGCUGUCGGAGGCGCCGCCUAGAUAUGACCUUCAACCUUUGUCGGAGAUUCGCCGUCUGGACAUCACUGAUCUGUACAAAUAUCCCGAAGGAAGUGAGGAGGAACGAAAAGCGGUGCUGCGCGCGCAUCAAACUGCAAACCACCCAGUUCCCGGCACGUAUGAGACGGAGUCUGUAGUGGAGCACAUGGAGUACCACCUCCGCCACAGCCAAGAAGUCUUGAUAGGCGAUAACCUGCCGCUAGAGUUCACGGCCACCAACACCGGAAGUGCCGAGCGCGAGAUCAUGCUGGCCUCUAUCAGGGUCGCAUCCAAAGCCUACACUGGCGAGACGGGCAGGAUCUUCUUUGAGAAGAAGUUUAGUGGAGAGAAAAUCGCAAGCGGAAAAACCGUGUCGUUCAAAACGGUUUUGACGGUCGCUGAUUAUCUCCCUAAUUUGAUGGAGCUAGCCGGACUGUAUAUCGAGGCUACCGCUACCGUCAAGCAGCUCGGCAAUGAGCCUCCGCAGUCCAGAAUAAAGACGCACGAUUUCCGCUUCCGGCGCCCAGACCUGGAUGUGAAGGGUCCUCAAGACGGCAAGGCACGGUUAGGUGAGCCCAUGCAAUUCGUGGUGAGCUUCACCAACCCGCUUCCUCAGGCGCUUAUCAACUGCGAUAUCUCCAUGGAGAGCGACGCCUUUGAAGAUAUCAAAGACGAACAUGUUCCAGAUGUUCCUGCAAAGGCAGUGUUUGAGAAGACAUUCAAGCUGAUACCCACACGACUCAAGCAGCAUGCCGUCAUCUUCAGCUUUGACUGCAAGACUUUAAAGGACAUCGCCGGCUCUGCGACCGUUACCAUUGAAAAAUAAAGUAAUCGUUACCUCGAAAACAUAAAGCGACGAAUGCCUUACAAAAUUGCAUAACUGUAACCAUAGAAACAUCGAACAACCGUUAACAGCGAGAUAGAGCGACCAUUUUCUUAGUAAAUGGUGUCCGUUACCUCAACCUCAAGAGACCUUGAUCCAAAUAUUGAACACAGGUUUCCAUAGACACACACACGACCGUAACCACGAUAUGAAGAACAAUUUGUAAGAAACAUUUAUAAUCCGAAAAUUAUCGUAAUAUAUGCAGUAAUCACACAAAAGGCAUGUAAUUCGGGUGCUUUUAGCUAGUAUAUACUUCUUUAUUUAUGGCGUGGUAUGAUUGAUUUUAGAGUGCUUAUUUCGGAUUUAUACAUGGCAAUAUCUGAUUGGCUUUUGAAAUAUUGUUCUUUAUAAAUUUUUUAAUAACUCAUUCAAGCUCUUUCCUAAAUCACGUGUUCAUGUAUAUCCAUACAUACGGAUGGUUUAUAAUAUUAUAAAUCCUUCCAUUAAUACACUCCCCGAAAGAGGAGAGUCGCUGCAUCGAACGACCGUCCGACUAAAUAUUUUUAAGUUUGCAGUUGCGAGAAAAAAAUCCACUGAUACUUUCGUAAAUCAAACGUGCUGUCCCUCCCUCUGUCCGUCCGGUAUUUGCGAUUAAUUAUAGGAAGCUUUCCAUGUAGCGUUCACAUGCGAAUAUAGUCAGAUUCUUCCGCUUUAUUUCUUUAAUAGUUGUUCUUGGCCUUUUGAUACCAAUAGGGUAUGUUCUUUGCCAAGAAAUGUCCAUGGAACCUAUCAGUUGAGUUCCAUGAUAUUUUAGGCAGUUACCCUUCCAAUGUGUGUACCGCAUGGUGUCAUGUAUUUCCUGUUCGUUGAUCAUUGAUUUGGGUUAUUGCUCAUUUAAUUAUAAAUUUGAAUGUUUUAAUUCUGCAUCUACUGUAUUGACCUUGAAGGAUGUCAUAACGCUCAUUAAUAAAAGUCACGUAUAACAUAGACAUCAAAGAGGUAAGUUUACCAUCGGCUUUUCUGAGCUUAAACACUGGCUUUUCUUAAAUAAUCCUGUAUAAUGUUCAACCAUUAUUGUGAGAAAUAAUUAAGCCCACCGUGCCAAGCUGUUCCAUUCGAAUGCGUAUUUCCGGGAGUUGUUGCCCUUUUAAUUGAAAAUAUAUUAUCAGUAUAUAUUUUUAUAGGGGCAUAUUAGUUCGUGCGAGACCUUUGGAACAACUUACCAUAUUGGCUGUGACUGAACCAACAAUAUCCGUUUGGGGUAGGCAAAUUGUAUUACAAGCUCAGCCAACUACUAAAUAUCGUUUUAUGAAGAGUGCGAGGUUAUUUAUAUGACCAUGCUCAAUAUACUCAAUAUAUCCAUAAGCGCAUUAUCGGGAAAAAUCCAUUGGUUUUAAUUAUUAUUAUUUUUAUAUUUCAUAAUCUUGCUAUCCUUAACAUUGCAUUUAUAUUAUAUUAAACUUGAAAGUUAUUUUUCAUUAUGUACUCUUUAUAUAAUAAAAUGUAUAGAAAUAUGUAUGUUAAAUUGUGUAUUUGUAUGCUAUCAUAAACAUUGCAUUUAUAUUAUAUUAAACUUGAAAGUUAUUUUUAGUCUUUAUAACAAAAUGUAUAGAAAUUUAUAUUUGUUGAA